UAGAUUUGAAGUGUAAAUAGUAACAAUACUAGGUCGGAUUUGAACUGUGGAUUGCCCACACUCAUUUAUUAUCUAACCAUUUUUUGCACUCUGCAAUUAUUUUCUAGUAUUAUAUAUAUGCCAUAUGGUCAUCCAUGUGAAAUUUACAAAUAGAAAAAUCUAGAAAAUAAGAUAGAUAAAUACAAAAAAUAGUAGUAUAAGCACAUGUCAUUUGCUUGCUUUUACACACUCCAUGCAAAUAAAGAUCCUUUAAUUCUUCCGCAAACUUCUCUUACACUAACAAAGCAUCAAUUUUCCAAAAAUAGAUGCUCCCAGCUUGUCUCCUCUUUCGUAUCUGAAGAAGCUUCGUGGUCUUCGGACAUAUCCAAGAGAGGGAGUUUUGCUAGCUCACGUCAAACACCUUACAACACAUUUAACGACGAUGUCUGAAAGAUCAGAAGACGACACAAACGGAGUCAUCAGAUCCUCAAAGGUAAUCGUAAAGGAGAGCUCCCAGGUCAAUGCAUCGUCAAGAAUCUAUUACUACGGCGGAGCUUCCGUGCCGUUUCUGUGGGAGACACGGCCAGGCACACCAAAACACCCUCUCUUCUCUGAAUCAUUUCGUCUUCCGCCACUAACGCCGCCUCCAUCAUAUUACUCCUCCUCCUACGGGAACAAAUUGAGCAAAGUUAGACCGAAACAAACUCGGUUCGUGAAGGCUUUUUUCAACGGGAAGCAUCACAUGUCUCGUCCUUCGUUUUCUUGGUCGUCUUCGUCCUCUUCUUCUUCUUCUUCUUCCUCCUCUCCUCGGUCUAGAAUUGUGCAUCGUGCUAAAACAUGUUACCUUUCUUGCUCGAGAUCGUAUGUUAGGAACGACGACGAGGAAGAGAUUGGUUCGUCGUCGCCAACAUCAACGUUGUGUUAUAAAAGAGGGUUUAAUUCAUCAAUGGGGAGUAUGAAGAGAGCUUUGUCUUCUGUUCUUAGCUAUCGAUCUAGUCGUAAUGAUCUUAGAUUGAUUUAAUGUCAUCAUGUUAUCUUAUUUCGGCUGUUGUUAUAGAAAAUAUAUAGGAUCUUGAUUUUAAGAUCCAUUUUUAAAAGUGUUUUGGCUUUUGCCUCUUUAAACACAUAGUGUUUGAUUGUGCCAAUGCUGUUCACGUGUUUUGAUUGCUCGUUGUUGUGAUUUUCAUAAUUUGAUUGUUUUUAGUUUAUGUAAAUUUAGUGAAUCUUGUUGGUACGCUUAAAUUGAAAAUUAACCAACAGUGGACUAUAUUUAUAUCGAAUUUAUGGAUUAGACGUUAAAUUUUUA